AUGUUCCGCCCUCUCAGCGCCCGCCUUGCGCGGACGAUCCGUCCUAUUGCCCAAACGGCCCAAAUCCGCGCCAAGUCACAGACCUCUGCUGCCGCAACAAGCCUCUCAGCAACGAAGUCCCACCAACAGCAACGAAACAUCAGUGGGAGCCCGAACGUCAGGGAGAAGCCUCACCCCGGUCAAUACUCUCGAACCGAUCCUGAUGUGACCGUUGAGUACCCUGAGGACCAUGAGCUGCCUUCCAGUCAGCCAGUCCGCGGUUCCGGCGGUGGUAUCGGCAAGCCGACCCUGGCAGCAUUCUCUCUCGAGGGCCAUGUUGGUGUCGUGACCGGCGGUGCCCGCGGUUUGGGUCUGGUCAUGGGACAAGGCAUGGUUUACUCCGGUAGUGACCUCGCCAUUGUUGAUCUUAACAAGGACGAGGCGGAGCUUCAGGCCAAGAACCUCGUCGAGGCAUUCAAGAAAGAGAACCCUGAAGCCAAAAGAGUUCCUAAAGUCACCGCCCACUACGCUGACGUUUCGGACCCUGCCUCAGUCGAUGCUUGCAUUGCGGAAAUCAUCGCUACGCACGGCAAGAUCGACAACCUCGUGACCUCGGCCGGCUUCACCGAGAACUUCGAUGCCGUCAACUACCCCAUUGACCGCAUGCGAAAGCUCUGGGGAGUCAAUGUCGAUGGCACCUACCUCUUCGCCAUCUCUGUUGCCAAGCACCUGAUGGACCGCAAGUCCCCCGGCAGUAUGGUGUUCAUCGGCAGCAUGUCUGGCGCCAUUGUCAACGUGCCGCAGCCUCAAGCACCUUACAACGCCGCCAAGGCUGGUAUCCGUCACUUGGCUGCCUCGUUGGCGGUCGAGUGGGCCCAUGCCGGCAUCCGUGUCAACUGCAUCUCUCCCGGUUACAUGCUCACGGCUCUCACCGAGAAGAUUCUCAACGAUAACCCGGACCUGAAGCAGAAGUGGACUUCUCUGAUUCCCCAGGGCAAGAUGGGCCAGCCCAAGGAUCUCAUGGGCCCUGUGACCUUCUUGCUGUCUGAUGCCUCCCAGUACGUGACUGGCGCGGACCUCCGUGUCGACGGCGGUUACACCGUCACAUAA